CAUCAGCAGCGGGCUAAAGCCGCAGCGGCAGCCAGUACUGUGUCCCGUGGAAAAAGCCCUGAGCUCUUGGACGCCUGAUCUCGAUUCCGCCGACCACAAUUACGACGCAGCAGAUUCGAGCGCCGGCGAAGGAUGGGUUGAAGUCCCUCGCGAAAAAAGUGCUGUAACUCGAUGAAAUAAAACUAGCAUCAUAAAGCCCAGUGACGCAUCGUCAUAGUAGUGUGCCUCUCGCAACGACUGCAGGACGAAGAUACAUACUUACGAGAAACAAGAAAGUGCGACGUGAGCAACGAGCUCGAGAGCGAGUGAAUGUGUUGGUCGGACGAUGGACGUGUUCAAGAUCGACCAGUCGCUAACGGCGGGCCUGGGUAGCGCCCCGGCACCCGACACCCUCACGCCCGAGGUGAGCUUCGACGCCGGUAGCGAGUUCAACUUGAGCUUUUUCGACGGUCCCGAGGAGAACAGCGGACAAGGCUUCAGCGACCCAGGAUCGGUGGGCAGUGCGAGCGCCUCGCCUCCGCCCGGAACGCCCGGCACUUUGCCCGUUAACCCAGCGAGCGCCGCGAGCUUGCCCAUUGUUCAGGUGCCCGCUGGCAUCGUUGUCAAGCAAGAACAACAUUACGCAGCCGCAGACUCGAACAGUUCGACGCCAGCCAAAAGUUUUGUACCGUGCAAAGUCUGUGGCGAUAAGGCCAGCGGCUACCAUUACGGAGUCACCAGCUGCGAGGGUUGUAAAGGCUUCUUCAGGCGGAGCAUACAAAAGCAGAUUGAGUACAGGUGCUUGAGAGACGGCAAGUGCCUGGUGAUAAGAUUAAACCGGAAUCGCUGUCAGUACUGCAGAUUCAAGAAGUGCCUGGCUGUCGGCAUGUCCAGAGAUUCGGUGCGAUACGGCCGGGUGCCGAAGCGCUCGCGCGAGCGAGGCCCCGACGACGCGACGCCCACGACGACGACGACGCCGAGCGGCGGCCCGACGACGCCCACCACCAACGGCAGUAGCCCCGCCACCAACGGCGUCAUCUCGCCCCAGCAGCUCGCCACCGCCGCCGCCAACAACAAUAACAACAACAACAACAGCAGCAACAAUGGCAACGGCACCAACAUCAACAACAAUAACACCAGCAUCAACAAUAAUAACAACAACAGCACGAGCAACAACAACAACAACAGCAUAAGCAGUCCCUCGACUCAGAACGCGAUGACGCGAGUACCGCAGGCGACGGUCGUCGAGGCCGACCAGUCCGACGCCGAUGUCAAGCAGCUGGCUGUCUACGACGUGAUACUACAGGUCUCCCAGGCACAUCACGCCCACUGCGGUUUUACCGACGAGUCCACCAGGGGCAUCGUCAGGAAGCCCAUGAUCAUACCCCCCGCGAGCCCGGAGGACCCGGAGGCGGCCUCCUCGACCGCCGAGACGGUCGAGUCGCAAAGGAUCUGGCUGUGGCAGCAGUUCGCCGCGCGCGUCACACCCUCCGUCCAGAGGGUCGUCGAGUUCGCGAAACGGGUGCCGGGAUUCAUCGAGCUCUCGCAGGACGAUCAGCUCAUCCUCAUCAAGGUCGGCUUCUUCGAGGUCUGGCUCAGCCACAUCGCCAAGAUGACGAGCGACAGCUCGAUGACCUUCGAGGACGGCACCUACAUCACCAGGCAGCAGCUCGAGCUCAUGUACGAGCCGGACUUUGUGACGACGGUGAUGCAGUUCACCUCGGCGCUGAACAGCCACCAGCUGACGGACGCGGAGCUGGGCCUGUUCUCGGGCGCGGUGCUGCUGAGCGAGCGGCCGGGCUUGAACGACGUCAAGGCCAUCCAGAGGCUGCAGGAUCGACUGCUCGAGGCGCUGCGCGUCCAGGCUGGUCACGGCUGCGCCGCCAGUCCCCCGACUCCCGGUAGCAACGGGGAGACCACCACGACCACCACCACCACCACCCCUACGGAAGGCACCGGCGGCGGUAUCGACAGCCUCGGCUCGCUCUCGCAGAGGCUGCCCGAGCUCAAGGCUCUGGGAGUCAGACACGCCAACCUGCUCGACUGGUUCAGGCGGAACUGGACCAAGUUGAAGCUGCCGCCGCUCUUCGCCGAGAUCUUCGACAUUCCCAAGUGCGAGGAGGAUCUACAGUGAACGGGCCAACGCUCGAGCCCCCAUGAUUGCUUCUUUACUUUCGUCGAUCUUGCGUAAUGGUAGCCAUUAGCAGGAUCACGUUUUCCACUGCGUUGAUAAUCAUUUGCCAUUAUCGCAAAACCAAGAGAGAAAGAAAAAACAGCGCGAGCACGACUGAACGAGGAAACACGAUUUUUCGGCCUCUCAUUUGAAAGUGAGAACCCGUGUUCGUCGCUCCGUACCGACGACAGCAGCAUCGUUAUCACAGUAAAGAAGAUGAAGAAAGUUUAACGUACCGCUUCCCGAUCGACUAAACGUAAGAUGGACGAGCAUGAGCGAACAAGUAUGCACACAUAUCCACAAUAU